UCCUCCACAUGUCAGAGGGAAAUGUUGUACACAUUUAAUUAAUUUAUUCUAUUAUGUUGUAUUGAUCUGAACCCUCAAUAGUAUUGAGAAACAUAUGUUAAAGAAUGAGUUACGGUGGAAAAUAACUUUUGGUGAUAGUAUGUACUUGUAGUUAGAAUUUAUAUAUUAAAAAAUAAUCCCACAUUUACCAUCCGCAAUAUGCGAUAUUCUGAAAUGGUCCACAGUUUAUAUUUAGUAUCUAAAGUACAUGUAUGAUAGUGCCUUUUGAAAUGUAAACGUUUAUGUAAAGUAAUUUUUAUAUAAUAUAUACAUAUAAUACAUAUAGAUAUUCUUGACAUUUAAAUACAAGUAAAUAAUAUUUUAGUCCAAUUUUUUUUUAGUUAUGAAUGAUGUUGCAAUUAACAUAAUGGAACGUGUUAACAGCUUAAAAAAGCAUCUUGCGUUGUAUCGUAAUUUUUUUUCUUAAAUCCGGGCAAUUUGAAUAAAAUGCAAUAUUAAUUUCUAUUUCUCACGUUUUUCCAGAUUUUCUUUUACAAAACAAUUAACCGAUAAAUGAAUGGAGAAAUCAAUCAGCAGAUUAAUCUAUGGAUUAACAAUGAAUGAACACCUCAAUACAAUACAGUGAAAAACCCAGUUAUGCGUGAAUAAUAAUCCAGUUCUAUAAUAGUAACAGACACGGGGGGGACAUUUUAUAGAAGGGAAGGGUCGUCUUUUACUUUGAAUACGUUACACUUGUACUUGUGAAAGUGUUUAGCAUUUAGGGGGAUUCAUUAGCGGAAUUUAAGAAGAAAAAAACACGUUUUUUUUAAAUCGGCUUUAAAAUCUCCUCAAAAUAAGACUCGUUGUGUUUGCGAUGUGUGAGACCUCGUGCAGCAGUGAAUAUCGUGCGCGAUCUGAUAAUCCCUGUUCGGAUUAGGUAAAGCCUUGAACAUAAAGUGGGUUCAAAACGCCAUGGCAACGGCAAGAGUGGAGCGAAACACGGAGUGCGAACCGCGCAGUGGAUCCUCCCCCGUGCGCCGCCUCGGAUACGAUCUGAACCGACUGAUAUUGUCGCUUUUGCGCGUGUCCGGCCCACGCACGUGCCUCCCGAGACUGGAUUGGGGUUAAAUUAUAUAUACAAAUAUCCCGUGUGGGUCGAUUCCUUUGAACGAUCGCUGGCUUUUGUCAAGGACCUGCUGGCCGGGGGGAAUGCUGCAGAAGAGGAGAGGAGAGGGGCAGUGGGGGAUGGCCAGUGCACAUAAAUACCAAAAUAGGAUAGAGCUGCCUGCAACAGUCCUGCAACAGUCCUGCACGAGCUAAAUCGAGGUCUGUAUGUGUCUGUGUGUGUGUGUUUAAAGAGGAGCGUUCCAAUAGAGGACACUCUGUCGAGCGUUGAACCACAGGGACGUUGGUGGAACCAGCAUGAGAGAGACAAUGUCCCAGAAGCAAUCUGAUCUCUACACACACGACUUCCGUGAUGGCGACCACCCGGCGGAACUCCUGGACGCCCUGCGGCGCUUCUACGUCGGCGGCCUGUUCACCGACGUCGCUCUGCAGUGCGGCGAGUCCGGCCAGGUGUUCCACUGCCACAGGGCGCUGCUGUCGGCCCGCAGCGCCUACUUCAAGGUCAUGUUCACGGCCGACAUGCGGGAGCGCUCCGGCGGCGUCGUCAAGCUCAGCGGGGUGGCCUGCGGGGUCAUGGACGCCCUGGUGAACUACGUGUACACGGCUCAGCUGAGCAUCACCCAGGGCAACGUGCAGAGCCUGCUGGAGGCCGCCGACCUGCUGCAGUUCGUCUCGGUGAAGCGGGCCUGCGAGGAGUUUCUCGUUCGCCUCCUGGACGUGGACAACUGCUUGGGGAUGCACGCCUUCGCCGAGCUGCACCUGUGCGCCGGCCUGGAGAGGGAGGCGCGCAGGGUGAUGCUGAGCAGGUUCGCCGAGCUCAUCCGGCAGGAGGAGUUCCUGGAGCUGGACCGCGGGAAGUUGGGAUGGGUUUUGGCGGCGCAGAGCCUCGCCGCGCAGAGGGACGACGCGCUGGUAGAUGCCGUGGCCAGGUGGGUGACCCACGACUUCGAUGGCCGCGCCCACCGCUCGGCGGAGCUGCUGCUCGCCGUCCACGUGGACCUCGAUGAGGUUUACUUCGAGGCUGCUCUGGAGGUGCAGAGACGCCGUUUGCCCAACAGCGAAGACGUUUUUAAAUCUGCGGUCGUUCGGGCUUCGCGGCCCAAUGGCAAAGACGUGCCGGCGAGCGGGAAAAUGUCCUCCAGCAUGUAUAUCAUCGGGGGAUAUUACUGGCACCCUCUUUGCGAGGUGCACAUAUGGGAUCCCAUCGGUAACACCUGGGUACGAGGAAAAGACAUGCCUGACCACUCCAGAGAGAGCUACAGCGUCAGUUUACUUGGAGCAAAUAUCUAUGUGACCGGUGGUUACAGGACAAACACGGUUGAGGCCCUGGACACGGUUUCGGUCUAUAACUGUGACUACGACGAAUGGGCCGAGGGCUGCCCCAUGACCACAGCUAGAUACUACCAUUGCUCCGUGGCGCUGCAUGGCUGUAUUUAUGCCAUUGGAGGAUAUCGAGGAGGAGCACCAGAGCAAGAUACUGAAUAUUAUGAUCCCUUGAAGAAGAAAUGGUCCCCUUUGGCCAAAAUGAUCCAAGGUGUAGGAAAUGCCACUGCCUGCGUUAUGGGAGAUCAAAUCUAUGUGACCGGAGGUCACUAUGGGUACAGAGGAAACUGCACCUAUGAAAAAAUCCAAGUCUACAAGCCAGAUGUCAAUGAGUGGAGCAUCAUUACAAUAAGUCCGCAUCCAGAGUACGGGCUGUGUUCCGUGUCUCUCAACAACAAACUGUAUUUGGUGGGCGGACAGACGACUGUCGCAGACUGCUACGACAUAGAGAGAGACGAAUGGAGACCGAUAUCGGUGAUGAAGGAGAGGAGGAUGGAGUGUGGGGCCGUGGUCAUUAAUGGUGGCAUUUAUGUAACCGGGGGAUACUCCUACUCCAAAGGGACUUACCUGCAGACCAUUGAGAAAUACAACCCUGAGCUGGACUCUUGGGAGAUUGUGGGGACUCUCCCGAGCCCGACCAGAUCACAUGGAAGCGUUUGUGUUUACAGUGUUUAAACAGUGUGGUCAACUCCGUAUCGCAUACGUUUGUGCCAAAUGGAUCAGAUUGUGAACUGUACUCGUGUCAGAUAUCACACAUGAUCUCGGGUUAGGACGGUGUUACGGCUGCUAUGGAGAGCUUCCCAUUCCAACUGUGAAUAUAAUAACAAGUAUCACUUAAACUCAGGGGCUUCAUAAUUAGCACUUUACCUUUUUUUCUGUUUUAGAUCAGAGAAAUAAUUGAAAAGAAAAUAACGAUGAGUAAUAUUCAAAUUGUGAUUUCUUUCUGAAUUUGUAUUUGAGCUCCUUAUAGCAUACAUUGGACUAUAUACGCUUAUCACAUUGUUUGUAAACAGUCACGUGAAUAACUAUGCUUGGCUGCACAGUCUGUCCGUGUUUAUAUCAAAUUUGAUAUAAUUUGUAGUUUAAAUCAGAAUCAGCUUUAUUCGCAAUGUAUGCAUACACAUGGAGUCUAAUUCCAAACAUGUGUACAUGGAAUUAGAUCCUGGUUGCAUGUGUAUAUGAAGGUGCAGGCUUGAGGACCAGGUAAAUAUAUUAAUGAAUAUAUAAAGUCAAUUUGAAUAAAGCAAUGUACAACAAAAAAGGCAAUAAAAGGCGAUUUA